AUUUCCCUAACUUCACACACCCUGUAUAAAGUAGGUCAGCGAUCAAGGGCAAGGCCGACGCCCCUCCCUAGCGCCCAAUUUCCUGACGCCUCCAAGGCUGACGAGGCCUGCAUUGGUAGGCCCUUCACCAAGAUGGGCACCUCAGCCCCACGGGAACCCUCGGUCCAGUCAGCCCCUAAACUCCGCCCCCCCUUGCCCCCUUGCUUUUCUUCCGGGUUCUCGAGGCCCCGCCCCUAAGGGAGCGGAAGUGGGCGCAGCCGCGGGCCGGAAGCGCUGGGCCGGGGCGGGCCCUCUCGCGCAGCCUGUUCCUCCCAUUCCACCACCGCCCCACCCCACCGGCUCAGACCGGAAAUGAGGUCAGAGAGGGAAGCCCCGGCGGGGAGACUCGGCCCCGAAAGCGGCGGCCGUCGGAGGUGGUUGCGGAAGCCGAUGUGGCCUCAUGGAUGAGCUGGUACAUGACUUAGCCUCAGCCUUGGAGCAGACAUCUGAGCAGAAUAAGCUUGGUGAGCUGUGGGAGGAGAUGGCGCUGAGCCCUCGGCAGCAGAGGCGGCAGCUUCGCAAACGGAGAGGCCGGAAGCGCCGUUCAGACUUCACUCACCUGGCAGAGCAUACCUGCUGCUACAGUGAGGCCUCUGAGUCAAGUCUGGAUGAGGCCAUCAAGGACUGUCGAGAAAUGGCCCCAGUCACCAAUUUUAGUGACUCUGAUGACACUAUGGUAGCCAAACGGCACCCAGCUCUUAACGCCAUUGUUAAGAGUAAGCAACAUUCUUGGCAUGAAUCUGACUCCUUUACUGAAAAUGCACCGUGUCGACCGCUGAGGCGCCGGCGGAAGGUGAAGCGCGUAACAUCAGAGGUGGCUGCCAGCCUUCAGCAGAAGCUCAAGGUGUCAGAUUGGAGCUAUGAGAGAGGCUGCAGGUUCAAGUCUGCUAAGAAGCAACGUCUGUCCCGCUGGAAGGAGAAUACUCCCUGGACCUCAUCAGGUCACGGGUUGUGCGAAGCAGCAGAAAAUAGGACUUUCCUAAGCAAAACGGGAAGGAAAGAAAGGAUGGAGUGUGAAGCAGAUGAACAAAAACAGGGCUCUGAUGAGAAUAUGUCAGAAUGUGAAACCAGCAGUGUGUGUAGCAGCAGUGACACAGGGCUCUUUACCAACGAUGAAGGACGGCAAGGGGAUGACGAGCAGAGUGAUUGGUUCUAUGAAGGAGAAUGUGUCCCAGGAUUCACUGUCCCUAAUCUUCUGCCCAAGUGGGCUCCUGACCAUUGCUCUGAAGUAGAGAGAAUGGAUUCUGGACUGGAUAAACUUUCAGAUUCCACAUUCCUUUUACCUUCUCGGCCAGCUCAGAGAGGGUACCAUGCUCGCUUUAAUCGUCUGCCUGGAGCUGCAGCUCGAUGCCUCAGAAAGGGGCGAAGAAGGCUUGUUGGGAAGGAGUCCAGCAUGAGUAAUUUGGGUACUGAGAGGAUAGGCCACCUCAUGAGUGACCCUCGGCAGAAAGAUUUCUGGUUACCAUCAGCUGGGAAAAGAGAACGAAAUCAGAUGUUCACCAGCACACUGCUCUGCCAGUUCACAUGGAUGCAGUGGAGCCAACCAUACCAGCAUCACAGGCCCCCAAAUCUCCAAACUCUGAGUGGUUGGUCAGGACCUCUGCUGCAGAGAAAACCACUGACUCAACUGCAGGUCCAUUUUUUAAAAUGCCACAAGAAAAGAGCCCUGGAUACAGCUAGACAGCAGAAUUUCAUCCACCAAGAACCGACUAGAUGUUGUUGAAACAAAUAUUAGACUUUGUAUUAUAUUGUCUUGAAUAUCUUAAUUGACAUUCCCAGUCCUUUUGCCACCAGGACUGACUCCUCUUCAAAGAAGUAGACUUUCUCUUAGAAAAUCAUAUUGUGAAAAUCUUUUUUUUUAAUUAUAAAAUAUUAGGACAGCAAUUUUUUUAAAAAAGGUCAUCCUAUGCUAUAUUUGUUACAUUGCUGUUGCUGUCCCAACAGUUACCUACAGCUCUGUUUACAGAGCUGUUGCUGUUUUGCAGGUAUGUCUUUUUUCUUGAAGAACUAGUAACUGCUUUUGCAUAUUUUUUGUGUAGAGCUUUUAAUACCAUUUGAGGAAGUUCCAAAUUUGCAGCCAGUUCCAGACAAAGUUAAACACAGAUUUAAGAUCUGUGUGUGGAAUUGUUUGCAGGAGAUAAGGCUUGCCUUUGAGCCUGGUCUUGAUUCAAGCAGAGUGCCAAUAAGAUAAAUCCACCAAGUACUCAAUUUGGAGCCUCAGAAGAGACUACCAGCAGCAUGGGCCUUGGAAACUUAAUCCAUCUUUCUAGAUGUCCUGUUGGAAUCGCCAGCAGCUGCACUGUACUUUGCCUCAUCUCCAAAGUCUGUGUUCUACUGAAAGAGGACCUAUAUAUAUAUACACAUACAGAUUGGUGUCAUGAAGGUGCUUUAGGUGUACAGCAAAUUUAAAAUAGUGGAUUGUGUCUUAAUACUUCAUGUUGCGGUGUAAGCCUUUAUGUACUAAACAAGACUUUUAUUGUUAGUAUUAUAGGUCAAUAACCUGUAGCAGAAAUUCAUACUCUAUUAUAAUAAUGGCUUUUUGAGGCCAUACUUUGGGGAGGAAAAAUGCCUUUUUGACAUGCCUUUAUACUUGGUAUGUUUAUGACGGCUCAGCUGCAUGAAGAAUUAUAUAUACAGCCAUGCCUCAAGUUGGAUGCUCCUUUGUCAAAAUGAGGACUAAGUGACUGCCUAGAGCUUCUGAAGAAAAGCCACCCUUUCUAAAAAAGUAUUAUCGAGAUUGUCUGUCAUUGAGGGACCUGGUUGGCAGAAGGGCUCUUUUUUGUUCAAAUUGAAUGCUUUUACUCUGAGAUACACAGAAGCCGUCCUCAAGUGUCCGCUGCUCUUGUGACCUUCUAGAGGAACUCCCAACCGUGCACCUGGUAGGAAAGAGCCUCCUUUCCCUGAAGCGCAGUUGUCCUUUCUCACACAGAAUUUAAUGGUGGGCCGCUCUGUCGUAUUCCUUUAAAAAUUGUUGUCCUUAUCAGUGGUAGCUCCAGAAUGUCCUUGUCAGUGGUGUGGGUGUGAAUCUGGUGGGAAAGGGGGACUGGAAGCUAAGUUUACAUAGCACUUUAUGUAAGACUGAGAACAUGGCAGUUGUCCACAAGAAGGAAUAUGGUGAAGGGAGGGGCGGGUGGAGAUUACGGCAUGAGAAGUAGUGCCAAAGCCAGCCCAGCAUCCCUGGGAGCCACCCAGAUUCUUGUGCAGUAGCGAGUGUACUUCCCUUCCUAUGGCUGCACCCAUAGCAGAAUAGAAAACAUAAUGUCUGUUGAAUAUAAAGUGGUUCUACUCAGUUGUUUUAGUGAUGAAGGUCUCUUUUUGUUGUAAUAUGUGCAUUCUUACCUAGUCCCAAUAGUGUCCCGAGGCACACGUUUCUAACAUAAUUUGUUGGACUUAAGGGAGAAAUUCAUGAACAUAGUAAUUUUAUUUUCUUUGCACUAAGCUCCAUGGCUCAUUCAGAGAUCAGUCCUGUGAUCAUGGCCUGUUAAGACCUCUGUAGUUUGGGUAGCAUCUUUUUCUUCAUGACAUGUAGCCUAAUAAUUCUCCUUUCUACCUGCGAUUAAAAAUCACUUAUAUGUACAACUUUAUUUACAUUUUAAACAUCUAUGAUGUAAACGUAGGUGAUUGCUACCAUUUUAUAGAGUCAAGGACAGUCUUAGUGACUUCCCCCAAAUCUCAUAAUCAAGUCAAGACUAAAAUCCCAGACUUAGAGACUUUCUUGGCCCUGGGUUAUAAUCUUUUGAUUGUCAUUGAUAGACCUGAGUCACUCUGAGACUCAUAUUUUUGAAACAGUAACUCUGAGACUCAUAUUUUUGAAACAGUAUGCCAGAUAAACAGAAUGUUUAUCAUCUUUCUUGAUCAAGCUUUCCUACAUAUUUUGAAUACUUUCAGUGGGGAGCAACCAAAAUGCCAUAUCUGUAAUAAGUAGGAGAGAAAAUUAAUUGCCUAAGAGAAUACCAUUAAGCACACAGAUAUUUUUCCAAUACAGGGUUGUAAAUUGUGCUCCUUAUUUUAAGCUGCUGCAUGAGCAUGCUUACAGAAUUAUUCACCGACUUACUCUGCUUGUUUUUUAUAUGAGUCCAUUCCAGAGGAAUACUCUUAGAAUUAAGUGUAUUUUGAAUCUUAAAUUUUAAAUUUCCUUUUUAUAUGGCAAAGUGUAUAAUGUCAUAAAUUAAGAAAAAUCUGUUACCUUUCAACAAAAGGUAUAAUUUCAAAAUCAGGUUUUGAAAUUUGUUGAAAAAAAAGAUAGCUUGACUUCUUUUGAGGAUAAUCAUUGAGCUCACAUGUGUUUGAUCUGCUCAAAAGUAAUAACCGAAGCAGAGUUCCACAGUUCUUCCUAAUUUCAGGAUUCUGAUUUAUCCCAGCUUGCUGUCCAGUCUGUCUGUCUAAAUCCUAAUCUUGGGUAUUUUUCACAGUGGGCAAAAACAUUAUGUACUUGCAUGAGCAUCAUUCAUAAAGGAUAGUUUUGCUUACGGGUUUAAGGGAAUUUGAGAUUAUUUUUCAGGUGCAGUAUUUUAAAGGGAACAACUUCAUUUGCAUCAAAACUUGUGUUGCUUUUUGGUAAGAACUGUUCAGAAAAGGAAAUUAGUAGCUGUUUACAUGGUGCCAAGUUUGGAGGGGCAGAGUAUGAUCUUUAUUGAGUGGUGUGUUCUCGAUAAAUAGGCCUCAUUUAGCCUUGAAAUCUUUAGAAAUCAAAUGCAAUUGGAAAUUUCAGAUGACAGAGGUUUUUGCUGGGCUAUACAAUCAGGCUGCAAGUAAGGCCAUUUUGGCAACAAAAUGACCAAAAGCUGAAAUAAAGCUUCUUAAUCUGUGAUGCUUAUGGCAUCCUUUGCUAAUAAGUAAAGCUCAAUACCUAGGAGAGGUAAUUUAAACUACUUCUGAAUCCCAAAUAGGUGAAUCUGACAUAUCUCUGUACUGUGGAACCAGAAAUGCAGUCUAGAUCACAGCAUAGCAAGUUCUGAUGCUAAAAGUACAGGAGCAGAGUUAUCAUAGCAGUAAGUCAUUUAGAGGUGAAAGAGUCUCAGAGUGUCACGUGAGGAAGGAGCUAGGUGGCACUGUCACUGCUGGUGUGAUGGGUUCUCCACUUCGGCUCCAGGAAAAGGCUCCUGGUGAUGCCUGAUUCAUUUCCAGUCUUUGCUUUAUUUUGGCUUCACUACCAUGAUUCUGAGCCACAAGCUUUUUUAUUUCCUGGGGAUUAGGCUGUGUAAAAAUACAGCAUUAGCUGUAUUCAGCAUUCUGUAUAUUUGGUGAACCUUAUCUGAGCUGGGAUGAGAACAGAGUGGCUUUCUCUGGCAGCAGUGGAUACAGUCUAGUUGGGGGCAUAGCUUAUAGGCUGUAUCAUGGUUCAUGGGAUGGUGGGAGGGGUGGCAGAAGCAGUUUGCUCUUGCUGUCAGCUGCUUCCUUUGCUAAUGUUUCAGCUGCCCAUUUGACUUGUCAGUAUUUCCUUAUCUCCCUCUCCAGUUGUGACAGUUAGUGUAGUUACUGAUAGUGACAGCAAUCAGGUUGGGUUCCUACCUCAUGAGAAAACUGGCACAGUGGGAAAAAGGUGAGGAAAUUGGUGGGUUCUGCUAUUAGCACUAAACGCAAGUGGCCGGGACAUGCUUUCAUUAAGAUCACGAAACAGAUGAACAUCAAGAUCACGAAACAGAUGAACAUCAAAUGCCUGGAAGUAGCAACAUUGAAAAGAAACAAAGGAAAUUGAGUGAUCUUGCUGAAGAGUGUGGAUUAGAAGGUUUUUAACAAGCCCAGCAAAACAAACUUAUGGCCAAAAGAAGAAAUUUUCCUGCCACUGCCCUGCACUGCACUUGGUAAAAUUGCCAAAUGUGGGGGAAAAAAAUUUUCCAAGCACAGUAUUGAAGAAUGGGGCAGAUCCUGAAGAUGUUCACCAAGGAAAGGAAUCUUGGCAAGGUUCAGACUGGGAAGGCAAGGGGAAGAGAAGGAGAUGCUUAGAGCAGGGCUGCUAGGGCCCCGAGUUCAACAGCAUCCGUACAUUCUUCCCACCUCCAGAUCUGCUGAAUCAGAAACUCUGAGGGUGAGGCCCAGCAGUCUUUUACCAGCCCUCCAGGGGACUUGAUGUUUAAAAAUGAUGCACAAUGAUGUUUAAGAACCGCAGGCUUUGCCACAGUUAAAAAGAAGUGUUUUAAUAUACUGGUGUCCCCCCCCAAGCUCUGAGGUGCUCUUAUACUUUCCUUCAUAAGUAUAGAGAUGUUUUGUGUAUGGUUCUUUGCAGAAACUGUUAAAUGUCUUUAUUUCCCAUACUUUUUCCCUCAAGUUCCUGAAAGAUCUCCUAGAAAUAUUGAGAAAGGAUGAUGUGGAGAAAAAUGCCAUUGAGGCCAUUUUUAGAUGGAUAGAAACAACCUUUUAAAAGUGGAUUAAAAUAUAGCAAUGGA